AUGGUAAGGCCCGUUUCGUACACGUCAUAUAAUUUACUACUAAUGAGAGUUGCAGCAUCGUAUGUUCAUGAGGUCCUUCUGCUGACUGCAUAUGAUCGACCCGUUGGGAAGGUGGUCAAUGCAUCUAAGUUGGAGUUGAGUAUGGAUGAGUUGAAAUUUACCGGGGCAGUCCUCCUUGUACUUACUAUCCUGUAUAUAAAGCUUCAUCAGGCUACUUCUCACGGCAGUCAUCAGGCUAGACCGCGCGGUAUCUUCCUUGCCAGGCAACCGAGUGAAAGAGCGGUGCCAUCCCGCAUUUAUCUACCUCGUACAGAACGCCGUGAAGGUACAUACGUGCUUACAUGUUAG